CUGUGGGGAGAUAACUUUUGAUUCCCAAGCUUUACAACAAUUGACAUCGCCAAUAUUUGCAGCUUUUACAAGCCUGAAAGUUAAACAAUUUCAAGGGAAAAUUGUUCUCAACAGUAGUGUCUCCACAUUAAUUUUUAUCAAUCCAGAUAUACAAGAAUUGGCGGCCUACAAAACGAUCUUUAAUGACUCCACACAUGCCAUUAAAAUGAUGCCUUCUUCCGCCACUCAACUAAUGACACCUCAACAUUUAGAAGCUGCUAAAAAGCUAUAUGUCCAAGAGUUAAAUGUUCUUGAUCCAGAGACACAUAAGGACACUCCCAUUUUAUGCAGAGCAGCUAUUACGCGUUUUGACACACGUAAUGGUUGGUGGUAUAAAGCAUGUCCAUCUUGCUUUAAACAACUUAGAACUGCUGCCCACCGUGAUGAACUUUUGUGCCCAAAACACAAUAAUCAAAUUCCUCUCCCUUGGUUCAAAGUGAGCUUGGUGCUUGAAGAUUCAACUGAUGAAACUAAUGCCAUCAUAAUUGGAAGACCAGCAGAACAACUAUUUAAAAUUUCUUGCAAUGAAUUGGUUGUUCAAAGAGGUUUUACUGACCAACAACAAUUACCAGAUGUGAUUCUGCAAACAAGAGGACAAGUUAAAAUUUUCCAACUUCAAUUUGGAAGCAUGAGAAGUGAUUUCAACAGAAAUGAUCUACUCAUUCAAGCAAUCUUCGAUGACACAAUGCCACUUCUUGAACCAACAACGCAAUCAUCUGAUAAAAGUUUGUCUGCACAUGAUACAGAAAACAUUGGUACCCAAAUGGCUCCACUCAUUGCCCCACUUCUCUCAAAGCAAAUUCCAAGUGCAUCUUCCACAAGCUCAGCUAAUGCUUCUAUAACAGAAGCUACCCCAAUUUCAAAAAAAAAGAUACAAAGACGCUGUCAAAAGAGCUCUCCUUUCAUCCAUCAAAAAAAUCAAAAAGGUUAG